AAAGGAAAAAGUAAUUUUGAAAUCCGGAAGACACGGUUUCCCGACUUGAGCGACCUCUCCGACGUCCGAUCUAUUAGCUGAGUCACCGUAUACACGUCGCAGGUUCCUCCUCUCCCCCCGAAGGACCAACAAAGCCACAAUGCUCAUCCGAGAAUUUCGUGUGGUACUCCCACUCAGCGUUGAGGAGUACCAAGUUGGACAACUCUACUCUGUCGCCGAGGCCAGCAAGAAUGAGACGGGCGGGGGCGAAGGGGUGGAGGUGGUUCAAAACGAACCGUUUGAGAACGCCGAGCUUGGAAAAGGGCAGUUCACUCACAAAAUCUAUCACCUCGCUAGCAAGGUUCCGCGGGUGAUUCGAAUGCUGGCUCCCAAAGGUGCCCUUGAGGUUCACGAGCAGUCGUGGAACUGCUACCCGUUCUGCAGGACAAUUAUAAACAAUCCGGAUUACAUGAAGGACAACUUCCACAUCACCAUAGAGACACACCACGUCGACAACGACAAGGGAGAGCAGGAGAACAUACACAAACUUUCUCCGGCCAAACUCGCCAAUAGAGAAGUCAUCCAUAUCGACGUCGUCAAUGAUCCAGUCUCCUCCUCAGACUACAAGCCGGAGUGGGACCCGGCAAAGGUGCGCUCGCAGAAGGCAGAACGCGGCCCACUCAAACCAGACUGGAAGGAGACUUCUAAACCCAUCAUGUGCUGCUACAAGCUGGUCGAAGUGGAGUUCAAGUGGUUCGGACUCCAGAGCACCGUCGAAUCCAGAGUUCAAAAGGUGUAUCCUCGGUUGUUCAGAAACUUCCACCGUCAGGUAUUUUGCUGGCUGGACCAGUGGUACGGGAUGACUAUGGACGAGAUUAGGGCUAUUGAGGAAGACACUAAGGCAAAGCUCGAUCAGAUGAAUAGCGCGAAAGAUUUCCGUGUCCUGGUGUUCGAGAUCGCUGAAAAGCUCACUUACGCCGACUGCGAGACACUGCGCUUCAUCCACGGCCUCCCGGAGAAGAACCGCGAGACGGGGGCCGCCCAACUGGAAGUUCUGCGGACUCUUCAUCGUCAGGGAGUGUUCACGGACUCUCGAGGUCUGUCCGAGGUACUGCGGACUGCCCACAGAGAAGACCUGGUGAUGGAAGUGGAGUGUUUCAAAUCGUCGCCUCGUUCCUCCUCCACCGGUUCGCUCUCAUGCAGCCCCGUAUCGUCGGAAGCCGGGGAUCUGACGGCGUAUCGUUCCCCAACGCAGCUCCGCGGAUUAUGCGACGCAAACGUAGCGCAGGCCAACUCCCUGGCGGCCGAGUUGGGAAGAGUCAGGGAGUCCGUACCCAGAUCGGGGCUGUCCCGAGAGACACUUGAGAGGCUUUACCGCGAGCUUCUGGAGGUUGAGCAGGCGCUGCAGGCAGCGCUCGGACGUUGCGAGACGAUGAUGACCUGUUGUACGGUCGCCGAUUCAGACUCGCGCAGGGACCCCUGGACGACGGAGAGGAAACUCCCACUCCGUCCCGUUUCAGCUCCCCGAGUAAACCACAACUCUUCUGCCGUGCUGCUCUCGUCCACCCACGAUUCGGCGGAGCCAACUACUCACCACAUUCGCAGUUCGUCAUGCGACGGGCUCUUAGACUUCCAUGGUGGCCAAGGCGUGCGGAGGCAGCGGUACAAGAUCAGUCUCGGCCACACUUACUACAAUCAGUUGUCUCUGGCCACCACCAACGCACAGAGUGAUUCUUCAGUCCUUUUUAUGAGUAGGAGUUGUUCAAAUGGCAGACCGAAAGUCCCCAAAAAGCCAGCUUGGAUGCAGAGAUCGAGAAGUGUUGAUGGUCUUGAUGAGGGGUCGUCUUUCCCGACCAGCCACACUCCCUCCCAUGCCACCUCGUCUCUCACAGACAACAGUCUUUCCCACAGUUAACCAUAGCUUAGUUCUCUCCAAUGGACAUUAUAUAGCAAUGCUUCAUUUCACUUUCACAAUGUACAGUGGAACCUCUGAAUAAUGGACACUUUGGAUCAGGCAUUUAGGGAGGUUGUCAUCUCUUCGGAGGUCAAAAAUGAUAAAAUGUACUA